AUGGCUGGAAGAGCAGCUCCAAAAGGUAAAGGAUUUAAUCCAAAGCAAUACGAAAGGCCAGGACUCACAGAAGAUGAGAUCGAAGAAAUCAAAGAAGCCUUCGAUCUUUUUGACACCGAUGGAUCUGGAACAAUUGACCCUCGCUAACUCAAAAUAAAUAUGGUUUCUUUGCCAGGAAUAUGCCCCUAGGUAAUGGAGCCUUGAAAAGAUAUUGAUUUAUAUCUGGCAAGGUUUUGCCAGCCUAGAAAUGGACAGAUAUGGUAAGUAAGCAAUUCUGGUAAUUUUCAGGAGCCUAGCUCUAGUCUGCUUUCUGGAUUUGAUUUUACCUCGAGGGAAGAGAAGUGCCAGAGUGGGAAAGGGAAGCCCAGCAUCAUCUACAGAUAAUGCCUAGACUAAUCGGUAACUUCUUAGCGUGAAACUGAGAGUUAAGGCUCACGCUUUGAAUUUUUCCUUUUUGCCAAGAGGAGACCAGAAAUUCCGUUUUUGGGAUUUUUUUAGUGGAAACCUUCAUUCAACCAAAGCAGCAAGCCGCAGAAGUCCGUAGCCUUCCAACUCAAUGCUGGAGCUGAGAGGCAAGGAGGAGAAUAAACAUAAAUACAUUUCAGAUUACUAUGGCAGCUGACGCUGAAGGAGAAGAAGUGUGGCAUCCGAACCUUGACUACCCACAAAUUGUCAUCUUAUUCAAGCAAGUUCUCGUUGGCGACGUCGCAACGAAGUUGACUCCCCUGCGGGCAUCCUUGGUGGCUGCAUUGCCAAUAGGCAAGCCAAACCUGUAAUGUUUAAGUCAAGACCCUCGCGAACUCAAGUCUGCAAUGCAAUCUCUCGGCUUCGAAGCUAAGAACCAGACAAUUUACCAAAUGAUUAGUGACCUCGACAAAGACGGCUCAGGUGCAAUUGAUUUUGAUGAAUUUUUGGAUAUGAUGACAGCAAGAAUGAGUGAUAAAGACACCAGAGAAGACAUCAACAAAGUCUUCAGACUUUUCGACGAUGACAAAACAGGCUAUAUCACUAUCAAAAACCUAAGAAGAGUUGCCAGAGAGCUUGGAGAAACAAUGACUGAUGAAGAGCUCUUAGAAAUGAUCGAAAGAGCUGAUUCAGACGGGGAUGGACAAGUAACCCCAGAAGACUUCUACAACAUCAUGACUAAGAAAGCUUUCCCUUAA